CCCAAUGUUUUUGGGCUGGGUAAAUGGUCACCAAACGUUUCACUGCUUUUCCUCCCCUCUGACAAGCUGUAUUGGUUUUUGUUGGGUGUUGAUAUGUUUAAUCCAGCCCUGUUUUGAAACGUUGCAAAAGUUUUGCUGAUCUCCGAAAAUUUUCAUUUUUUUGUUUUUCUUUUCUGUCUUGUUCAUCAUGUUCUGUAAAAAGGAGUUGACUUUAUUGUUAUUCUUGGGGGUAUGGUCUUCUUUCUCUUCUGGGUGGAUAAUUUUCUGAGGUGUUAAUCAAUUGGUAAUGCUGCAUUAUUGGGUUCUGUACUGUAGGGUUCCUUAGCUGAUGAAAGAGGUGUUUUGAGUUGUGAGGGUUGGUGCUUGUGGUUUUCGAAAAAUACUCUCCUUGUUCUCCACCCCUGGCUUAGUGUUUGGGAAGUUUAGUUUUACAUUGAUUCAUAAAAAGGUGUUUUCAUCUCAUUGGUUUGUGCUAUGAUGUAAAAUCUGUGUGCACAACAAAUGAGCUAAUCUGUUGUCAACUAUUGCUGUUGAUGCAUUAAACAAAUAUAUAUGAUUGCCUCUUAGGUGGGUAAGUCCUCUGCCUAAUUGGUGGGUUCAACCUUCCCCCAUUAUGGUUUCAGUCUUUCAGCUUUGAACAGAUACUACCUAAUGUGUCUGGAGAUUGAUAGGAAUCUGGUAUGCUAUCCACCUGAUGGAUUUCAGUGCUAGAUAAUCAAGGGAAUGAACACAGAGCUCAAGCCCUGCUGCCACUGCAAUUUUAAGUUUACUAGUAGAUAUGCAAUCGUGACCGUGGUGCAUUAUAGAGAAAAUGGGAGCUUUCAAGAAGCUUAGGAUAACUGUUGCUUUUGGAGUUUUAGUGACAUUAUGCAUUUGGAAAUAAUUAUCUGAACCUAAGUUGCCAACAUUGAUCACCGUUUGAUGUGAUUUUUACAGCAUUUUACAUGAAGCUAAUUGGAUAUGUCCAUUUUCAGUGCCUAAUGUUCACUUUCUUUCUUGUUGGACAGAUUUGCUGAGCUGAGUGUGUGACGUGCUUUUUCAUUUAGGAUUCUUCUCGUAUAGUUAACUUUUUUUGUGUUUGGAAACUUCAGAUAUCUUCAAUGCAAGGGCAGAGAGGUACAAUUGGUUCCUUGCAAGAAACCAUAGAAUUUGAUACAUCAAGUACUGCUGCAGUUGAUCAACAUAUUUUCUUGAACAAUAUGCGAAAUCCCGCAGAAAACCAUUUUGCACUUCCCCCCAGUGAUUUGAACCCGUCUUACGCAAAUCCUAUAAACCAUGAAUGGCAGAACCUAAGUGGAUGGAGCUUAGGUGAGCCAAGUUCCAGCAAUACUCAGAAUGAGGUUACUAACAAUGAGCAGAAAGGAGAGCUAGGAUUAUCAUCUUCAAUAAGUUCUGGUGCUAUAGCUGGUCCAAGACUUGAAGAAAGGCGCUUUGAACCAAACAAUACUUUUCCGUUGGACAAUGUCAAUACAAGUUCCAUGUAUAUGCGCAGCUCCAAUUCUCACUUGGUGCCUCAGAAUCUCAACCUAAAUGCAAGCUUAGCAGAUAGCGGCACUGAUAAUGGCUUUCGUGUGGAACAUCCUCCUAACUUGAACAAGUCUAGUGGACCGGUAAACGAGCAUAUUCAACCUUCAAUUGGUUCUAGUCCGUUUCUGCUUCCUUCUGGCACUAAUGGCUUUUUGGUUGAGGAUACUGAUGGUAGGCCUGGUUGUUCUCUGGACACACGCCGUGUAUCAUGUAAAAGAAAGGCUGUUGAACGAAGUGUAGGGCAAUCUUCAGGUGGUGGAAGUUCUAGCUAUAGUCAGCAUACAGAUGGUAAUACUUGGAACACUCUUCCUACUCAGGAUUAUGGAGGAAGCAGUUUUAACAGAUCUGCCUCAACAGAACAGGUGAAUGCGAGACUCGGUCUGAGUACUGGGGAUGGAGCCGCUGAGAGCAUUCCUUGGUCAAAUGUUGCAGGAAGCUCAGAAAGCUUCCACAGAAAUUUUCGUGUGAGGAUAAAUCCUUCAAGUCAACAAAUUUCGGUUCCACCCCCUGCAAUCUCAAGUGGGAGUGUUCUUAGGAAUUCUGGCGUCUCUUCGUCCUCUCCAAUGUUGCAACGGUUUCAUUCUGUUGAUAAUUCUCUGGACUUGAGGUCAGCACCACCUGUCGUUGAUACUAUGGUUCCCCAAAGCCAGCCACUUGUUAUUCAUGUUCCAGCUUUACCAAGGAAUGUGCAUCCAUUCAGGUGGAAUGGAGGUUCCAGCUCAACCAACAAUCAUCCUUCAAACACAGUCAUAUGUGCAGAUAGAAAUAAUUUGCCAAACGAGGAAGCAAGUUCAAGAAGUGUGCCGAGAAACAUGGUAGAAUACCCUAUGUUUGUGCCUGCAACCAAUUUAAGAAAUGUGGUUAGAAAUCCGGCUAGAGCUUCAAAUAGUGCAAAUUUAAGUAUCCCAGGAAAUGUUGGUUCUUCAUCGAGGGCAGGCUCAAAUUCAGCUGUCAACCCUCCGUCUGCUCCGGCGUGGGUUUCUCGCCCUAAUCCUCAGCAGUAUCCUCGCAGGUUGUCCGAGUAUGUUCGUCGGUCCUUGUUUUCUCCUGGUUUGGAAGCUGCUGGAAGUUCAAGCAACAAUUAUGCUUCCUUCCGUGGCCCAUCUACUUCAUCUGGGGUAAACCCAUUUGAGAGGCAAGGUGAUAGUGAAUUUGGAAUUCAGUAUUCAUUACGAUCUUUGGCUGCUGCUGGUGAAGGAAGUAGUAGACUUGUAUCUGAGCUCCGCAAUGUAUUGGGCCUCAUGCGUAGGGGUGGGAACCUACGAUUUGAGGAUGUUAUGAUCCUCGACCAUUCAGUGUUCGCUGGAAUUGCUGAUAUGCAUGAUCGACACAGGGAUAUGCGACUUGAUGUUGAUAACAUGUCUUACGAGGAGCUACUUGCUUUGGAAGAACGCAUUGGAAAUGUGAGUACCGGCUUGAGUGAGGAGACCAUAUUGAAACACAUGAAAAAUAAGAAGUAUUCAGCUGAACCAGGUUCUCAGCAGGAGGCAGAACCAUGUUGUGUUUGUCAGGAGGAGUACAAAGAUGGAGAUGAUUUAGGAUCACUGGAUUGUGGGCAUGAUUACCAUACCGAAUGUAUUAAGCAGUGGCUAAUGCAUAAGAAUUUGUGUCCCAUUUGUAAGACAACAGGGUUGGCAACAUGAGACUUGUAUGAAGGGCUUGAAAACAUGAGACUUGUAUCAAAACAUUUUAGCUUAGAAGAUGAACAUUGAGUUAGGUCAAGGAAAGUGGCACAAUUAAUCAGAAUUUUCUGCUGAAUUGUAGCUGAAGUCUCUGGUGCAAUGCUGCUUUCUAAAUGGCCCAUCUUCUUAAGCUUUAGCCAAAUUUCUUAUUAUCAUUUUUUGUUUAUUUGUAGAAGAAGCCAAUGAUCUCCGGUUAAAGUGACACAUGAGAUGAUUGGUGUGGAUAAAGGAACAUUUCUUAACUGUAGUUUACAAGGCUUGUUUUUAUACAUUUAUGAAAUUUUUUACACAUUGCUCA